ACCGCAACUACGUGUUUUCGAUCGUUAGCAGGCCAUCUGGGGCAUCAUCACUGAAAAAAUUGCUGCGAGUUUUUCUGUUUGGAAGGUGGAAUAAUUGAAUGUGAAUUUGCAGUUUGCGAGGUUUCUAGCGUGAAAAUAUUAUCGUAGUGCAGUGAAAACGGACAUCAACGAACAUGGUGGACGUAGCGAGACAGCUCCUGGAUGAGCUGAUGGGCAGAAACCGCAAUCUGGAUCCUACCGCAUCGGCCAAGGAAGUUUCGUGGGCCGACGAAGAGUUCUGUCCGUACUUUUUGGUCAAAUUCUGCCCGCACGAUUUAUUCGUCAACACACGGGCCGAUCUGGGUCAGUGCACCAAGCUGCACGACGAUGAAGCGAAACGGUUGUACGACGAGGCCAAACCUUGUCGCAAGAAAACACAGUACGAGGAGGACUUCCUGCGCUUUUGUACCAACAUGAUCAAUGAAGUCGACCGUAAGAUUGCGAAAGGUAAGCAAAGACUUCUUCUCAUGAACAGCAAGACGGACGGAGCAAGGUCCGUUCCGAAGCAGCAGGAACAUCUUAACGCGCUGACGGAGAAAAUCAAUAAACUAGUACGCGAGGCCGAAGAAGCCGGUACCCGAGGGGACGUAGAGCAGGCGCAGGGUUUAAUGGAACAAUGUGAUAAGUUGAAGGAGGAAAAGGAUGCACUGGUUAAGCAGCACGAAUCGAACGGCUGGUCAGUGACGGCCGAAAUCGCAGCUUCGCAAGAGAAACAGAUGGAAGUAUGCGAGGUGUGUGGCGCAUUCUUAAUAGUCGGUGAUGCCCAGCAGCGUAUCGAUGACCAUCUAACGGGGAAGCAACAUCUUGGGUACUCAAAAUUACGCAAGGCGGUAGACGAGAUGUAUGAAGCAAGGAGAAAAAAUACCAUAAACCUAGAAGAACGACGAUCCCGGGAUGAUGAUCGGCGUCGAAGAGAUAACACGAAACGCGAAGAGCGGAAAUCACGAGAACGUGAUGAUCGACACAAUAGUAAACGAGAAGAUCGUGAUCGAAACCGAUACCGACGUGACUAUCGCGAGCACAAGGAUAGAAACGAUCGCCAUGAUAACAAUCGGCAGCGGGAUCGCAACCAUAGACGUGACCGCAACGAGCGCAACGAACGGGAGCGAAUCCGCGAUCGAGAUCGUAGCCGUAGCCGUAGCUACUAAGGUGGCUGGAGCUUCUGUUAAAGAACAGUCGUGUUUGGAAUUGUUGUGUUGCCGGGGGACGUAUGCGCAACAGAUGUGCUGCUUUACGAUCAUAUCUUCUACACAGACUUCGUUCUGUUUUUUCCAUGAGGUAUCCCCACUAAGAAUAGAAAACAAAAGCAAAAAAAUCCAAAUAAGAUCAAUACACAAAACCGAUAAACUAUCGAAUAUCCCUCCUAGCCUCUAAGUGGACCUUUAUUUAUCUUCCAUAUAUGGUAGCGGUAACCGUAGGAGAUUAAGUCCUUCCAGUCAUCAAGUCAGUCACCACAAAAAACUCGGCAGGUAGCGUGAUUUACAAAAUCAUUUUAGUCUUAUAGAGCAUUAAUCAGAUGAGCGAAACGGUGGUAGAAGAUAAGGCAGAGAAAAAUGAUAAACGCCAUCCGCCACCGUUACCCACUAUUUCUGCUGGGCCUGCAUUAUGUUCUCGUCCUUUUCCGAGCUACUUCCCAAUGUGAACAAUGUGUAUCACGCUCGUGUACUGCGUGAAAUGUGGAAGUGGUUCGUAAUAGCAAUAGAUUGUCUUAAUAUCACCCAUUACUGUAUUUAAACGGGUGCGCACUGUUUAGAACAGAAUAGGCACGAAUGCUUUGAACGGUGUUUUCGGAUGGACGAUAUAGGAAGAAUGAAAACAGUUGUGCCUUGUGCAUUGUCUGUGACAGAACUAGGCACAAAAUGUUGGAGGGGGCACGGGUUUGUAGAAGACUUUCGCAAGUAUAAUAAUCUCUAUACACGACUAGGAUUUUAGCGUUUUACAUGUGCAGUGGAGACAAACUCUUUCGAAUUGCAGUGUUGAAUUGUCACGAUUUAGUGCGACAAGAUGUGUUCCAAAUCAUAACCAUAUUUGAACUUAUAAUCGUAAGAUACUCUUUGCAAACGCAGCCAUUUGCUCCAUUUGAUGUUUCCAAGUUUGCUUAUCAAACCACAGGUUCGCUUGAUCUUUUGUUUGGACCAUUGUGUUUGCAGAUCAAAAAAAAAUUGAAACAAAAUACAUUAUUGCUCCCGCUGAUCCAAGGGUAUUCGGAAAUUUUCAUUCAGUCGAAACGAACUGGGAACACAUUCAGCGUUUCGAAGUGUCGAAAAAAAAUCGUUUAAUAAGGGCUUUUCUGUAAACCAUGCAACAAAGAAGAAAUUCUGCACAUAUUUUCCUCUUCAAUCAGAUCGAUAAAAAUGAAAGAAGCAGUCCAAAAUGGAAAAUAUGUUGAAAUUAUUUCUCUAGAAUGAAUAAGAAUUAGGAUGAGCUUCUGAACAUGGUGUUACGCGCUUUUUAUUUGGAAGUUUACAUCGUUUUUGGUUGUAGCGUUGCAGAUAUAUUUAAAAGGGCACAAUACGUGUUGAAUCAAGUUGAAUAUUAUAUGUGCUGCAUAAUAUUACCUGGGAAAAUGAUUUUAAUUUCGAAUAUUUUACGGUCAAAAGAUGUAUUGUCAUUGACGCAAGUGUGUUACCAAGCGUAUGGAUACAUGAAACGCUUAUUAGGUAAUCAGUAAAUGGAGGAGUUAGCACCGGUAUAUCCGAUCAAACAUGUUCUGCAAUAGAUCCAUUGGGUUGGAAUUGUCUUCAUCACAUUGAUCGUCAUUGGUACGAGAAAAGAAGAAAAUUAAUGCUAUAGACGUUGAUAUGUUAUCAUUUGGCUGCAAAUCUAAACUGCGUAUGAAUUCUUCUUUCCAUUUUUCCAAGCAAAUAAACAAUUUUCCCUCAAAAA